AUGGCUCCUUCAUCCACGGCGACGGCUUCGGCCUCCGAGCUGACGCCGCUACUGUCGCGUGAUGUUCGCCUCGCCGUUUCGUCCUCUCCGUCUGCCCCCUUGCCGCCCUUCCGUUUGCCGCGCUGGUUCGUGCUCGCCGUGAUCCUGAGUGUUUUCUGCACUGUGACUUGGCUGGCGCUGCUGGUGUUGGGGCCUCACUUGGAUCUCACCGCCUACCUAUACGCGGGUGUUCUCAACUCGCUGCUGGGUAGUUUUCUGUCCGCCAGUGGAUAUUGCUGUCAGAAAUUCGCGCAUAUUCGCGUGGCUCGCAACUCGACAUUGGGUACAGCCACCAUGGAGACGGCUUUCCUGGCUGGUCUCUUUCUUCUGGCUGUGGGCACAAUAUCGGCCGUCAUCAAUCUCGGUAUCCUCGGUCAGGCUGUGCAGGCGCCCUUCGCGGCGCUCACACUCAUUUACAGCGCGCUUCUCGGUCGCUUCGUGCUACACGAGAACUUCAGCGUCUACGAUCUUCUUUCCAGCGCUCUGAUUGUUCUAGGCGUCGGUGUUGAUGUCUACGCUGCGCAAGUGGCCAAUGUACCUCAGAUAUCGUACACACUCCAGUCUCUGGGCCGCCUGUUGAUGAGAGACUCCUUGAUCCCAAUCGGAUACACCGUCAUGGCGCUUGCUUGUGUCAUGCUACUGCUACGACGUGUGCACACGGACAAACUACAGCGCCACCCAGUUGGACUACUAGCAUUUAGCUCAUGUGCGGGGGUAAUGGCUGGAUUCACCUCACUCGCUACCAAAUCGGUCGUUGAAGUGGCCAAAUCUGCCCUGAGUCAUCAGGACUGGCUCGUGUUCGUAAACCCGUUCUUCAUCUUGAUGGUGAUCGCCAUCCCGUGUGCUCUGGUGCCUCAGCUCUUCUUCUUGAACAAAGGCCUCGAGUUCUUUGGCACACUGAAGUUCAUCCCGCUGUAUCAAGCGUUCAUCAUCAUCGGCAACAUGGGCUGUGGAAUGAUCUUCUACAACGAGAUGGCCAGCUACAGCUACAACGCACUCGUGUUUUUCUUAGGCGGCAUCAUGAUCACGAUCUGUGGUGUGUGCGUUCUACUCGUCAAGGUCGACUCAGAGAGCAUCAACGGAGACGCGCGACGAUCAAAUGUUGUCAAGGCGGUGGAUCGACCGAUGGAUGAAUUGCUGGACCGAAAGAGUAAAGACAACAAAAGGUUCGAGACGGAUUUUAAGUUUGAGCACAUGAAAUGGGUCAGCGAUAGUGACGGAUCCAAGUCAAGCGAGCUACGCGUGUGUCGUGACUUCUGGGAGUGUCAAGAGGCGAUCGUGGAGCUUCUGGUGUCCGCACGUAAAUCAAUUUACUACUCGACAUUUCUCUGCGACUUCACCCAGGUCCUCCACACUAUCAAUGAGGAAAAUGUGGACAAUACGUUUGUAUCGCUGGUACGCGACGCUGUGGAGAGAGGUGUAGACGUGCACAUCUUGUACAAUCCCGUGCGUGACUACGGAACCAACUCGAUCGCUGAUCUGCGUCGCAUUUUGCCGCCUGAAGUGCACUUUGCUUGCUCUGUUAGUGAUUUGGGUCCCAGUUGGUUUACGCGCUAUCUGUCCAACAACUCGAGGUAUGCCUUCCAUCACCAAAAGUAUCUGUGUAUUGACGAGGAAACCAUUAUGGUUACUGGAUGUGAUGUAAAUACGGAGCGUGAGGGCUGGCUACGUAAGAACCACCUUGGGUACUACUGGCACGAGUUGAGUGUUGUCUGCCGCUGCACGCCGGAAAUGGUGAAAUGGAUCCGCGCUAAUCACGAACCAGCAGUGACCAAGCGUCAUUAUGACCACUUUAUGGAAUCCCCGCCAUUCCCGUUGGUGUCGGGUGGCUGGAGAGAAGAGAACUGCAUGGUCAACAUGAUCAUGAAUGCCAAGUAUUCUGUGCAGUUAGAGAGCCAAAUUAUGAUUUCAGGCGGCUCACUGCAGCACAACCGAAUAUGUCCUGCCAUCGUUGCGCGCAUUUGCCAAGCUUGCCGGAAACGCGAGCCCUUCUACGCGCUUAUCUUGACAAAUUCAGCUCAGAAAGACGAACCAUCAUUCCUGGCUCGCACCUACUGCAUGCUUUCCAUUCAGUGGUCACUGGGGCAAUUAGAGGAUUGUGCGUCGGCUUACGGUCUUACGUCAGAAGAGCUGUGGCAGCACCUUCAGGUGGGUCGUCUCGAGCAUGACGGUGUGUUGAUCAAGGUGCAUUCCAACAUCCUCAUUGUGGACGGGAAGUACGCACUUAGGUCGUCUUCGAAUCUGGCUGACCGCAGUUUGAGUGCACGCCCGAAUGACACAGAGUUAGGGCUGCUGUUCUCGGGACCUCGUGUGGAUGAGCUGCAGCAAGAUCUUCUCAACAUGUACCUGGGUACGACUGGCAAGAAAUACACGUGGGGUCAAGUAUUUGAGCGCAUCAGAGGUACAGCGACACAGAAGCCGACGGGAGUGAUCAAGGAACUGGAAAAGAAGUCUUGGAGUCCGGUGUUCACGUGGUUUACGAUGAACCUUUUCAUCUACCUCAGUGAAGGUGCAACAGGUGGUCGAGUCAAGGUGACAUAUACGACCACAGUCAUUGGAGAAUGCAAGCACAAAUUUGAGACGUAGGUGGGAUGAUGUUAUCGGCGACGUCUGUUUAAGUAUGCGAGCGCUCUUUUUCUCCUGGAUAAAACUUGCUAAUAGCCCAUUUCCUUGA